UUUUGGGAGCCUCUGAAAAUGCCUUUGUUGUUGGGUCCUAGUUUAGCAGCUUGCAGCAUCCACAGCAACCAUUUUGUCAGGCGAGCAUGUGACAAAAGGGGUUAAACACAGAGUGGAGGGUUCAGACACAGAAAUGAGAGCCAGUAUGAAGACAAGUGUGCGCCUUAAUACCCUUCGACGCUGCAGCUAGUGGCCUGAAAUUGAGAUGCAAGUCACGGCACAAUAAAACUGGUGUUGGAAGAACUGCCGUGAUGAAUGAGACCACAGGCUAUGUGGGAAUUACCACCACCUACAAUGGUAGCAACAUCACUGGUAAUGGCAGCAUGGGCAUCCUGAUCAUACCCAAGCCCUUGAACAUAGCCAUUAAUAUUUUGACUGUGAUCAUCCUCUUCAUCACCAUGAUUUCCCUCGGCUGCACGAUGGAGAUCUCCAAAAUUAAGGCCCAUCUUCUCAAACCAAAAGGGGUAGCCAUUGCGCUGCUGGCCCAGUUCUGCGUGAUGCCCCUCACUGCUUUUUCUUUGACCAAAAUCUACCAGAUGGAUCCCAUUAAGGCAAUAACCGUGCUCAUCUGUGGCUGUUGUCCGGGAGGAAGCUUAUCUAACAUUCUUUCCUUCUCAGUAAAAGGUGACAUGAACCUCAGCAUUGUCAUGACAACUUGCUCCAGCAUCGCCGCGCUAGUUCUCAUGCCUCUGCUGCUGUACAUCUUCAGCCACGGCUUUACAGGUGUGAAAAAUGCUGUUCCUUAUGUUGGCAUCAUCACCACCCUCGUGUUUACCCUGGUGCCUUGUGCUCUUGGUAUUUUGAUCAACCACUACAAGCCAAAUUACUCCUCAACUGUAACAAAAGUUGGUCUCAGCAUCCUGAUAAUAGCCACCAUCAUACUCUCUGUCCUGUCUGGUCUCGCUGUAAAGGAUGUGAUGUGGAUGAUCCUCAUGCCGGACCUCCUGGCUGUGGCUGCACUCAUGCCUCUGAUUGGUUUUACGCUGGGAUACGUCGUGUCAGUCAUUUGCGGACUAUGUCCACGAUACAGCAGAACAAUCUCCAUGGAGACAGGGUGUCAAAACAUCCAGCUGUGCACCACCAUUCUUAAGGUGGCCUUUUCUCCACAAGCCAUUGGACCCUUGUUUUUGUUCCCCUUGCUGUACAUCACAUUCCAGUGUGCAGAGGCCCUCCUCCUGGUGUUGUGCUUCAGAUGUUACCAAACAAUCAGGGCGCCACACAGGGGGUCCAAACAGAUACGAGAGAGUUGAUACCAAACACGAAGGAGUGAAGCAGCCAUGAACUGCAGCGAGAACAAGACGCUGUCGAAGAGAAGUAAUUAAAAAGGUGUGCCGUGAUUAGAAUUUGUGAAGAACUGGCCAAAGCCUUGGCAGCCAAACAUUCCUGAUGUGACGGCUAAAGCGUUUUUAUAUUUUCACAAAUGUUGAACUGUGUAAACGUUAUCAAAAAUAAAAGAAAAAUUUGGAUUGG